UGGUUCUGCUCAAACUCAUUGAAGUACUUACUAGUAAACAACAGAUGGUUUAUAUGGCUGCUGCUCAGACAAAACCUUCCAGCUUAAAAUAAGCAGAAAAAGUCUGUUUAUAUCGGUUAAAAUCCUACAUCCCGUUAUUAUCUUCCAAGUCGUGUGUUAUAAAAUUAGUUAACUAAAGAUGUGGUGUAUUUUAAUGUUACUGUUAUGCAAUUUAAUCCCACCACAUCCACGUGGAAUAGCAUUAUGUAAAUGAGCAGUUUGGUUUCUAUUUCCAGUCUAAUCAGUUUAUUUUGGUUUAAAAUAACUCAUCAGGUAUGACUGUAGUACUCCUCCCCGCCAUUUUGCAGAGGAAACCCAGCAGCAACGUGAGUCUCCAGCUGUGGGGGGUUUAGCUCCCCCCCCAGGGGUAAUCCGUUACCCAAGACGCCCCUUUCUUUGUUCGGUGAUCGUUUGCAGCUGUGAGUCCACGCCAGAACCAGGAAGAGGAACAUUAAAUAAAACGUUGCUGCUGCAGACAUGGAGAAUUGUGACAUUCAGGUGAAGGAGCUGAACAAGCGUGCAUCAGGCCAGGCGUUCGAGGUCAUCCUGAGCCCCUCCACCCCCGAUGCUAAGGCGGACUUCCUGCUGUCCCCGAACAGGAAGAAGGAAACAUCACUGGAUGAGAUUAAAAGAAAACUGGAAGCUGCAGAAGAAAGGCGCCGGAGCCACGAGGCUGACGUACUGAAGCAUCUGGCCGAGGCACGAGAGCACGAGAAGGAGGUCAUCCAGAAGGCCAUGGAGGAAAACAGCAACUUUAGCAAACUGGCACAAGAGAAGCUCAAUCAGAAGAUGGAGGCAAACAAAGAGAACCGCAGCGCCAGGAUGGCGGCUCUCAACGAGAAGUUCAAGGAGAAGGACAAGAAGCUUCAGGAAGUGAGGAAGAACAAGGAAGCCAUCAAAGAACCUGAGAACUAAUCUUCUUUCGUCAUCUUCAUCCAUCUUACGUGUCCAAAGAUAAGCUACAGUGUGAAAAGUUCCUCAGACCUUCACAGCAUUCGUUGUGCUGUUUCUCUCAUCAGUUAGUUUUCCUGUCCUAGUAGACUUCUGUCUGGCAGCUGGUAACGUUUUAUCCUUUAGUAGCUUUUUUGGUGUUCACAGAAACGAUUAUGCUGUGUAGAAGCGUUCGUGCUGCGAUUAUAAACUGACCUAAAUUAUAAAGCAAGUGUCUGUUUUAUAUACUUAUACAAUAUUUUUGUAUAAUUCUUUUUCACAUCUUCACAAAUGCUGGAAACUUUCUUUUAUUAAUAAAAAGGUUUUGAAAAAUA